AUGGAAUUGCCAAAAGUCCAAAGGCUAAUUGCGCGACUGAACAGAUGAACAUAACAACCAAAGAAGAUCAACAUAUCCCACUCAUAUGAUAUUUUUUUGUCAAUUGCCAAUUUCAUUGGAAUUCUCAGUAGUAGUCCUGUAAUCUAAUUGACUAUUAAGUCGCUGAUUUCUAUACAGUCGCUGAACCCUAGAUCGCAGCAUCAACGAUUUCACGACACCGCAUCUAAUAUCAGGUUAAGAGUUAUCUGCUUAUUUAAACCACUGCUACAACAAAAUCCUGAUCAAACAGAUUGACGAUAUUUCAACAAUCAUGUCUUUCACCAUAACCAAAUCUAUACUGAUUUUAACUCUCGUUUUCAUCUUCUUCCAAGUUCCAACCUUUGCAAGCUCCCCCCAUUUCAUAAAUUUCCGAUCACCCAACCUUUACCCCGAGUCUCUCUCGUGGGACCGAACAGCUCAACACUUCAUAGUUGGGUCCCUCCGCCACCCAACUCUCCUAUCUGUUUCCGAUGCCGGAGUCAUCAACACACUAGUCUCCGACGAUUCCAUUCCGGCCAACUCCUCUUUCCUUGGAAUCACAGUAGAUGUUGUCCACAACCGUAUCCUAGCAGUAGUCCAUUCCCAUUCCCAGCCUUCCAACUCCGCCCUUGCCGCCUACGACUUACGCAGCCCCCACCGCCGCCUCUUCCUCUCCACCCUUCACGACACCACCUCCACCACCACCGCCCCCGCCGCCAACGACGUCGCCUUUGAUUUCUCCGGAAACGCGUUCGUGACCAAUUCCGCCAGCAACUUCAUCUGGAAAGUGGAUCUUGAAGGUAAAUCUUCUGUGUUUUCCAAAUCCAAAACCUUCACGAAAACACCCGGAAUACCCGAAAUGCCCUGCGGGUUAAACGGAAUUGUUUACUGUAGCAAAGACUACCUCAUUGUUGCCCAGUCAAACACAGGCAACUUAUACAAAGUUGAUUCCGAAGAUGGGACAGCAAGAAAGAUUCAAUUAAACAAGGAAUUGAAUUCCCCCGAUGGAAUUGCAUUCAGGAGGGAUGGUGUUCUAGUAGUGGUGUCAAAAGAAAAGCUUUACUUUAUCAAGAGUGACAACAGUUGGAGUGAUGGUGUGAUUUAUGACGAGACUGCCCUUGAUGCCGAACGUUUCGCUACAUCGGUGACUGUAGGAGCGGAGGACAGGGUGUAUGUGUUAUAUGGUCAUGUGGAUGAGGGUAUAAUGGGAAAUUCACAAAGGGAUGAGUUUAGUAUUUUGGAGGUAAGGUCGGAGGAGGAGAGCCGGGGUGAUGCGGUUUGGGUGUAUGUAUUGAUUGGGUUUGGUUUUGCGUAUUUUUUGGUUUGGAGAUUUCAAAUGCGUCAGCUUUAUACAAAUAUGAACAAGAAAAUUGCAUGAUCAUGAGGGCUUUCAACAAAAGUUCGAAUCCUUCAGGUAUAUGGUUUUGUAGGUUUGUUUUGAAAAACAAAAAAGAA